UGACAGAUCAUCGUUCAUCCCAAUACUUUGAUGACUAAUGUCUCUCCCACCAAACUCAAAGUGCUGCUGUUAGUUGUGUAACUACUCUUUGGGAACAACAAGAUGCGCUUAACACUCAUCUUUGCCUCAUUCGCCAACUACUCGCUUCAGCCAUAGCCCCAUGUCCUCGUCUUUCCCUUUUCCUUUAUCUGGUGAAGGUUUUCUUAGCUUAAUCGUCACUUUUAAUACAUGAGAUCUCCUCAGCGCCACCGGAUGAUGAUCUCAAAGGUGGAUUUGGGGUCAAACUAAAGAGCCCUUUUGAGAUCUGAUGGCUUUGUAUUAAAGUUGAAGAACUCUUCCCAUUCCAUGCUUUUCGCAUCACAUCAGUUCCUCUCCCUAUCGGGCAUCCAUCUCUGACCAAUUUGUUCACAUAUCGGUUGCCCAGUCUGUUGCUGACCAGUUUUUAUAGCCGGGUUUCUUCUUGUUCGCCUCCACGUUCUCGGAUCGAUCCCUCCUCUGCUUCACAAAAUGCCGGCGGUUUUCGUGUAUCUAGUCAUUUCUGCUGUGUUGUCUGGCACCCUUGCUUAUGACCCUGACAUGCUUCAGGAUAUCUGCGUGGCCAGUCCUUCCUCAGGUGUAGAGGUCAAUGGCUUCGCAUGCAAGAGCGAAGCAAACAUCACGGCCUCUGAUUUCGCCUUCGAAGGCCUGGCGAAACCGGGAACAAUCACCAGCUCGGUGGGAUCCGUGGUCACGACCGCCAACGUGGAGAAAAUCCCGGGCCUCAACACUUUAGGCAUCUCUAUGUCCCGCGUGGACUACGCCCCUGGCGGCGUCAACCCGCCGCACACCCACCCGCGCGCGACCGAGAUCGUGUUCGUCCUGGAGGGCGAUCUGGACGUCGGCUUCAUCACGACCGCCAACACCCUGAUCUCCAAAACAGUCAAGAAGGGCGAGGUGUUCGUGUUCCCGAGGGGCCUCGUCCACUUCCAGAAGAACAACGGCGACAAGGCCGCCUCGGCUCUCGCGGCGUUCAACAGCCAGCUGCCCGGGACGCAGUCCAUCGCAUUAACGCUGUUCACCGCGACGCCGGCGGUCCCGGACGACGUGCUGACCAAGGCGUUCCAGGUCGGCACUAAAGAGAUCAACAAGAUCAAGGACAAGCUUGCGCCGAAGAAGUCAUGAGAGACGCGAACUGCACUGUCCAGCAGCACAAAGAGAAUCCAUCCAUUCGAGCUUUUUCGAUUUCUGCUGUUCCAGUUACUUCAAUCUUUGUUCGAGUUUGAUUUCGUCGAACUUUCUACGGCUACACAUUUAGAGAAAUAAAAUGUAAUUCGAUCUUCGCGAAAAUAACUUAUGUAAAACGAUGGACAAAUAAACGAAAUCUGAAGCACGAAGCAAUGCAUUAACUUCUGGUGAGAUCAAA